AUGGCGGCAGACGACGACCGCAAGGAGGCGAUACACCAUUACGAUGAUGUCGCCCAGGCUAACAAGCUCGGAGUUGGUGUUGGUGAAGUCGUCGCCCACCGAAUUACCGAAGAGGAUCUGUUGAGACAAUCUCGAGAGUCUCUCACCAUCUACUCCAAGACAGGCUUCCGCAUUUGCCUCAUCAUGAUCUGUAUGGGUUUCAACCAGGCCGCGUAUGGUGUUGAUUGGGGAGUGGUUGGAGGCAUCAAUGCGUUUGACCGAUGGCACGACUACUACGGCUUUGGCAAGACUGGUGUCAUCAUCAGCACAAUCAACGCCUUGAUGCAGAUCGGUAUCUUCGUGGGAGCCCCUUUCCUCGCUCUUAGUGAUGUGAUCGGUCGACGGGGUGUCAACUUCGCCGGCAAUUUCCUCACCAUCAUUGCUGCUUUUAUGCAAGGAAAUGCGCCCAACCUUGCGACUCUCUUCGUCGGCCGUCUCAUUUUGGGUUUCGGCACAGCGCUAUGCACAGCCCCUCAGUACGUGGCCGAAGUGGCUCCCGUCCAUCUCCGCGGCCGCAUCGUUGGUAUCUUCGGCGCCUGCUUCCAGGUCGGCUCCAUGAUGAUGCUUGGAGUGAUGAUGGCAUUGACGAGGUGGGAGAGCGAUUGGCAGUGGCGUACUGCGUUUAUGAUCCAGGCAAUCUUCCCUACCGUCGUGUGCGUCACCAUCUAUCUCUGGUGUCCAGAAUCGCCUCGAUACUUGGUGAUGAAGGGCAAGGUCCAGAAGGCCCGCGAGGUCAUUGCGAAGUACCAAACAACUCAUAAUGAUAUCAAUGAUCCCAUUGUCGGCAUGGUUAUUGCGCAAAUUGAGCAAUCUCUCGAAAAUUCCCAAAACAAGACACUCCGAGCCGCGUACGACUUCCGCAUCUUCUUCACCCGCGCUGUCGGCUUCCGCACAACGGUUCUCAUAAUCUAUUCAGUGUUUCAGCAGUGGAACGGAGGUGGUAUAAUUGGCUAUUACCUUACUCCCGCGCUUAUGACAGUCGGAAUCGACGGAACUCUCCAGCAACUCGGCAUCACACUUGGCUCGACUGGCCUCUACUUCGUCUUCACACUAUUUGGAGCAUACAUUAUUGACAAGUUCCGUCGAAGAACCCUGAUCUUCACUGGAAUUGUGUUGAUUGUCAUUUUCCAGACCGCUGUCACCAUCACAAGCUGGCAAUACACUAUCAACCCAAACAAGGCAAGCGCCAUACUCAUGGUCCUCUGGGUAUACUGCUUCCAAAUCUGCAGCGCCAGUACAAUUGCCACCAUGCAUAACCUGUAUCCCGUCGAGAUUCUCUCUCUUUCCCUUCGUGCGAAGGGAAUGGGUCUCUACGCUAUGUUCCAGGGUGCUGCUGGUGUCGUCCACACAUAUGGUAUCGGCGUCGGUAUUGGCAAGGUGGGGUAUAAGAUUUGGGUCGUCUACAUUGUGUACAAUGCCUUGCAGGGAAUUAUCGCCUACUUUCUUUUCCCGGAAACCAGCAAGCUGUCUCUUGAGGAAAUCGACACCAUCUUUGAGACCCAUGGCGAGAAGCCAGUGGCCAUGUCGUUGAAGAUUUACAAAGCAAGACAAGAGAAAGAGAAAAUGGACAGAGAGAUAGCAGGAUCACAGGGUGUUGUUGCCUGA